GCGUUAGUGUGCAUAGAAAAAGUAAUUAAAGUAACGUGUCGUCUGCAUUGACAUUCAAGUUAUCGUCUCUCACCAACCGAAAAAACGCGGAAUUGAAACCUUCUGUAUUUAACUCUCACACCUCACUGCUACCUUCUUCUUAACCGUACCUAUUCAUUUCAUCCUCGAUUUGCAUCAACAAAUCAUCCUUCACUCGCAUCACAAUCACAGGUUCAGUUGCUGUUUAUUGUUGUGAAAUUUUGUCUUUAGUUUGAAACUUAAAGUUCCGGCUGAUAUGAGGAAUGGAAAUCAGACCGAGUAUUCUGGUGAAAGUUCUGCUUCAACAUCUCUUAGCAGUCAGCAGGAUGUGGAGGACGACCAGAUGAUUGCUCUUGUGCUGUCAGAAGAGUAUGCCAAAUUAGAUGGAGCAGUUGCCCGGCGGCUUACCAACUUGGAACCUGUUCCUCAUGUUCCCCGGAUAAAUUCCUUUAUCCCCACUGUAAAUGAUGCCAGUAUGGAUCACCAGCGUCUGCUUCAGAGGUUGAAUGUCUAUGGUUUAUGUGAAGUCAAAGUAUCUGGCGACGGGAAUUGUCAGUUCCGUGCACUCUCUGAUCAGCUUUAUAGGUCACCUGAACACCACAAGCAUGUUCGCAAGGAGAUAGUAAAACAGCUCAAAGAUCACCGUUCUUUGUAUGAAUGCUAUGUUCCGAUGAAGUACAAAAAAUACCACAAGAAGAUGGCUAAAUCUGGAGAAUGGGGGGACCAUGUUACAUUGCAAGCAGCUGCUGAUAAUUUUGCUGCAAAGAUAUGCCUUCUAACAUCAUUCAGAGACACUUGUUUUAUCGAAAUUAUACCAUUGUAUCAAGCACCGCAGCGUGAACUUUGGUUGAGCUUCUGGUCUGAGGUUCAUUACAAUUCAUUAUAUGAAAUCCGAGAUGCACCUAUCCAGCCUAAACCAAAGAGGAAACACUGGCUGUUCUAGGAGAGAUAGAUAAAAGGAUCAGGGUCCUAAGAUGUAGUGCUGUGUAUACAUUCUGUAUCAUUUAUAGGUCAAGGAGAAAAUGUCCACUACACUGCCUUUCGACUGAGACUUUGGCAAGUAGAGCUCUUAAACUUCCAAUUGAGAAUAGACACCUUUUCUUAUAUGGAAUCAUCUUAAUAUUACAACUAUCUACUUUUUGUAUCAAUUUAUCUUUACCACACCAUCACAAGCAUUUGUUUACCAGUUGGAGCUUUUGUUGAUCAGUCCCUUGGAUGUGCAAAAUAUCUACAAUAGUAACACAAUAUGAACACAAAGUGCUCUUAUACAUUUUUCGGAGAGCAAUCUACAAAACUAUUGAAAAUUCUAUUUGCCAGAGUAUUAAAGAUGCAGUCGGUUGUGGACAUUUUUUCCUACACAUAAAAAGAGGAACUUGAGGGGAAAGAAAUCACUUGUAUUUUUUGCUGUAUAUUAUUAUUUACAGUAUUCUUGUCAUGAUUUUUUUUUAUUAAUUUAUUAUUUUAUUUCUGUCUCA